GGCACGGAGUUUAGUGGAACGAGACGUCGCUUUGUUCAACAGUAGGAGGGAGGAGUACAGACACACAGCUGCUUGUUUUGCCCUGUGCAAACACGGUGUACCGAGCCGGACUGUUUGCGCCGUAACAUAAAUUAGGAAAAAAAAACCUUUUUCCUCUUCCCCGGGACUCCGAGGAAAUUCUACCGCGGGAUGUCAAAGCGAGUGCGGAGCAAGGAGGUCUGCGCUGAUUGCAGCGCUCCUGAGCCCCGAUGGGCCUCCGUGAACAGGGGUGUGUUGAUCUGCGACGAGUGCUGCAGCAUCCACCGAGGUCUGGGGCGACACAGCUCUCAAGUCAGGCAUCUGACUCACUCUUCCUGGCCUCAGUCUCAGCUGCAGAUGGUCCAGACAUUGUACGGCAAUGGUGCAAAUUCCAUAUGGGAGCACAGCCUUCUGGAUCCUUCCUCGGCAGUGAGUGGGAAACGCAAAGCCAACCCUCAGGACAGAGUUCAUCCCAACAAGACAGAGUUCAUCAAGGCAAAAUAUCAGAUGUUGGCAUAUGUUCAUCGGAUGCCUUGUCGUGACGAUGACAGCGUAACUGCAAAGGACCUCAGUAAGCAACUGCACUCCAGUGUGCGGACCGGGAACCUGGAGACCUGCCUCCGCCUCUUAUCUCUAGGAGCACAAGCCAACUUCUUCCACCCAGAGAAAGGAAACAGCCCACUACAUAUAGCAGCAAAGGCAGGUCAGAUCCUACAAGCUGAGCUCUUGGCGGUGUAUGGAGCUGAUCCUGGAGCUCUGGACUCCAGUGGGAAGACACCGAUUGACCUCGCAAGACAAGCUGGUCACCAGGAGCUCGCCGAGAGGCUGGUCGAGAUCCAGUAUGAGCUCACCGAUCGGUUAACAUUUUACCUGUGUGGCAGAAGACCCGAUCACAGAAAUGGCCAGCACUUCAUCAUUCCGCAAAUGGCAGACAGAAACAACAGUCUCGAUUUGUCAGAUUUUGCAAAGGCAGCAAAGAAGAAGCUGCAGUCGUUAAGCAACCAUCAAUUUGAGGAACUUGCCAUGGAUGUUUAUGAUGAAGUGGACAGAAGAGAAACUGAUGCAGUCUGGCUGGCCACUCAGAAUCACAGCACUCUUGUCACAGAUACCACAGUUAUACCGUUUCUGCCCGUCAAUCCGGAAUAUUCGUCUACCAGAAAUCAGGGUCGUCAGAAAUUGGCGAGGUUUAGCGCACAUGAGUUCGCCACCCUUGUUAUUGAUAUUCUAGCAGAUGCUAAACGACGACAGUGGGGUAAUUCCUGCGAUAGUCCAAAAGAUAACGUUGAGUUGAUCCUUCAGGGUAUAAACAGUCGCCACAACAGUGAGAGCCAAGACAACGAUCAACCAGAUUAUGACAGUGUGGCGUCUGAUGAAGAUCCAGUACAAGAGCCCACAUGUGGGGACAGCUGCAACGAUGGAAGGACCAAGAGCUCGGAGUCUUCGGAUCUGUCCGAUGGCCCCAUCACGGUGCAGGAGUUCAUGGAGGUGAAGAGCGCCCUGACUGCGUCAGAAGCCAAAAUACAACAGCUUCUCAAAGUCAACUGUCAUCUUAGUGAGGAACUGCGGAUGAUGCAGAGCAAGCUGAGCUCCCUGCAGACCGAAAACACAACACUGAGAUGGCAAACCCCCAGCGGACAGCAACACCCCCAGGGGCCCUUUGGUCGGCAUCCGGCCCGCGGCGGUCGCGCCCUCUCCAUGUAUGAGACGGGCUCCGCUCCGAGACAUUACCCCCACAGAGUGGAAACAGCUCGCCGAGAUGACGGAGUUGUUUUACAGCCGUUUCCCACCAAUAUUGGUAGGGGCCCUUUGGGGACAGCUGCCUCCUCCCUCCCUACCUUCCCCUCUCCCUUGUCCUGGUCGUGGGAUGAGAGAUCUCGCAGGGGCUGUAGCCUUGGAGGGCACAGUACAAUGCUGGAGAGCGACUAUGACACUACUCCCAACCACUCUGAACUCGAGGAGACUGGGAGUCCUGUGGCAGCUCCUGAAUCAGUGGAACCAGAGGUGGAAGGUGAGGAAGAUGCAACACUGCCGUGCACGGAGGAUGUAAUCUGUAAGACAGAGCAGAUCACCAAGAACAUUCAGGAACUUCUGAGAGCUGCCCAGGAGACCAAACACGAAAGCUUUCUGCCGUGUUCUGAGAAGAUCCGCUUAGCUGUGACCGAGAUGGCCGCCCUGUUUCCCAAGAGGCCGUCCUCGGAGACGGUGAGAAAUUCUCUCUAUCUGCUGACUUCGAGCGCCAGCCGGCUUCACGGAGAGUGCCAGAAGGCGGCAGAGCUCAAUCCGUGCCCUUCGGACAUCCAGCUGGUCACUCAGCAGGUCAUCCAGUGUGCCUAUGACAUCGCCAAAGCUGCCAAGCAACUCGUUACUGUGACAACCAAAGAAAACAACAACUAACCAAAGCCCAAGGACGUUUUUUCAAGCACUCAAUGCUCAGUCUGUCUGUCGCAGUGCUAGGCUUUCUUUAUUUUUCUUUUCUUUUAAUCAGUGUUAUACGUGUGUUUCCUCAGUAGUAAUAAGUGGAAGCAUUCGCACACACAUUCCUUGGGGUGGGAAAAUCUUACCAAAGGAUGCAGAGUCAUAAGUUAAUCAAAAAAAACAUUUCGUCUUUGUUCCACGCAUCUAUGAAAAGACACAUCCUUACCUCGCAGAGUUACUCCACUCCGUUUCCAAAAGUGCAAUGUUUCGUGCUUUUAUGGAACAGAACCAGAACAACAAGCGGCUCUGAACAUUUUCUUUUUGUGUGUUUUUUUUUUCUUCUUCUCCUCAGUACUGUAGUGAACAUGUGUUGUGCUCCUUGAGGCCCUAAAGAGCCAGAACACCAGGGAUCAUAGCUGAUGAAACCCCCCCCCCUCAUUUGCCCCAGUGACAAGGGUUUAUUUUUCUAAUAACUGUUGUAGGACGCAGUGGUUGUGUAGUUAUCUCAAAUCUUCGUGACGUCGCUUGCUUAAAUGUGUACGCUUGUUUAGGGAGCCGACGGCUUCGGUGCUUUAGACUCCGUUUUCGGACCCGGCACACUUUCAUUCCAUCCAGCAGGCGAUUUAUGGUUCAGGUGGAAGAUCUCCUCUUUAGGUAAAGUAUGAGUAGUUACUGGAGUUGUAAUGUUACAGCCAUACUUAUAAUGAUGCGUGUGUGCGUGUGUGUGAGUGUGAGCGAGGAGGCGAAGUUGCUCACAAACACGGCGGCCUCCUCGGUGAGAUGCAUGAAGUCCACUUUGAAUCAAUUUAAAUAGCAUUAUGCAAAUAUGUAAGAUGUAUGUAUUCAUGCAAUUCUCUAUCAGAUUAAUCCAAAUGCAAUUCUAUUUAAAAGAAAAAAAAUGUAUGUCAUACCUCUAAACAAAUAUCAGUGUUUAUUUUCAUAAGCUUUUGUGUAACACGGCUAAUGUUUGUCCUGCUGUCCGGGACGUCCCAGCUGGUUAGAAGUGGUGAUCUCUGUGUGUUUGCUGUGGUGCUGUAACUCCAGUGUUUUACACGCUUAUUGUGGUCAAAUACAUACUGCUAUAUGGCUUACAGCCCACAAUAAAAUAACCGUGCCCUCUG